UAUCGCCGUAGGGGGGCUAACGCCCAUCCCUGGACCCUUUCUCUCGCAUCGCGUAGCCUCUAAAGCCCUCUGUGCUGCUGCUUAAACCUUUUAAUAUCUCAAUUGAUUAAGCUCCCGUUCAAAGUUUUAGCCACGAUGGUGAGCAACAGACAGAAAGUAGCUCGCAAGCGAUACAAGGAAGAGCACCCUGAACUCUUCCCGAAGCCUGAGCCAACGACACCAAAAGACCCGGAUAAAAGGAAAAGAAAGAAGGGCUUCAAACGGAAAAAAUCGGAGGCUAAAGAGCCCAGAGAUCCGAAUAAACCCAUUAAAAGGAGUUUCAAAAAACACCCACUUAGGGUCCCUGGCAUGAAGCCUGGUGAGAGCUGCUUCAUCUGCAAAGCCAAAAACCAUAUUGCCAAAAAUUGCCCCGAGAAAGCACAAUGGGAGAAGAAUAAGAUAUGUUUGCUUUGUAGGCACCGUGGGCACAGUCUAAAGAAUUGCCCUUCUAAGAAUGAAGGCAGCGAGAGCAAAAAGUUGUGUUAUAAUUGCGGCGAAACUGGGCAUUCACUUGCACAAUGUCCCCAGACACUUGAAGAUGGUGGAACAAAAUUUGCCAGUUGCUUUAUCUGUAAGGAACAAGGACAUCUAAGCAAGAACUGCCCACAAAAUACGCAUGGAAUCUACCCUAAGGGUGGCUGUUGUAAGAUUUGUGGUGGUGUAACACAUUUAGCAAAAGAUUGUCCUAAUAAAGGCAACAGAGGUUCUGCCCCUACAAGAAUAGAAGCAUUUGAAGAUAGGCCAAGACCACAGGUGACAAAAUUUGUGAGCGGUGAUGAUCUUGAUGGCGACUUUGUGAUAGAAGAAACGUCUAGUGGUAACAAAGGCAAGUCUGCAUCAAAAGUUGGUUCUGCAUCUGAUUCUAAAGAAGGUAAUGUAAAGUCAAAGAAGAAAGAAGGAACCAAAGUGGUAAAUUUUGUAGGAUGAAAACUGUCUAUUGAUGAACUCAUGAGCUCGUUUUGUGAUAUGCACUAAGAGUUUUGUAAAUCAUAGAGGAGAACAUGUCUCUAUGUUGGUCAAAAUUUUGUAGGAAACUUGUCUUGGAUGAAGAUUAUUGAGUUUUUCUCAUUUAUACAUCAAGAGAUCAUGCUAAAUUUCAGAGUACAUUGAACAAAGUAACUUGAUCAUCUUUUCCUCCCAUCA